AUGUCAGUCUACUAAAUUAUAGUCCUUUAUAGCUCUCUAAGUUCUUAGGAUUGUUAAGAGGCUAAAAAGAAGUUAUGUUUUAAAUUUAAUGAGUCUAAAUAAUUUGAUAAUUUUUAUUAUUUUUACAUUUAAUUCUAAAAAGUAUCCCUGCAAUUCUCGGUUUAUUAUUUCUCUUAUCAAUAAUUUGAAACAGAACAGCCUUUUGUAAGUUUGAGAUUAUAUUUUUCCUUAAAGAUGAAAGAUAAAGAUAGUUCAGAAUAUUUUCUUUUAAAGUUCACAGAUAAAGUAAAUUCUUCUUAAUUUAAUAAAGAUUUACAUUAACACCCUUUCCCCCUUUUUGUAAAUCCACAUUAAAAUGGAAUGGGUUUAACCUUAGCUUCAAAAAAUAUUGCUCAUAUCAUUAACUAAUUAUCUAAAAGGAACUAAUGGUUUGGGAACUUCAGUUUCUACCAUCAGGUUCAUAAGGUGCUAAAUAAAAUAAAUACAAAAUCAUAAAAUAUUUUUAAUUAGAUUUUUAUUGAAGGUAAAUAAUGCAUCAUCAAUUGCUUAAAUAAGUAAGGUUUUUAAUCAUGUUGAAUAAGAAAUUGAAAACAGUGUAAAAAUUUAUUAUAUAUUUCUUAGUACAUCAUUUUUACAAAUGACAAUAGUAGAUAAUAUAAUUACAAUAUUUUUUGGUGUCUUAUUAUUUGA